AUCAGGAGGGGACGUUUUGGAAUACAGGAUGCCCAUACAAUACAUACAUGAACGAAGGAGGGCCUUCUCCAUUUCGUUUUGGGUAAAAGGUUGGAAUAGCUGCACAAAGACCAAAGCCAACCAGUGGAAGAGCCUAGAUAGAGCUGACAGCUGGGACGUGACCACAUGCACGGCCCCUUUUGGAUGCCUUCUGCCUGCCCCAAUGAUGAGAGAGAUGGUGACCGUUCUCCUGUGGACUGUAUGGAGCUACUGUCUGCUCAGUCUUUCAGCUGCUUCAGAAACAGAGAAGCUCUUACUGCGGAAGAUCUUCAAGGACUACAACCUGAAGGUGCGGCCUGCACGGCACUGGGAGGAGAAGGUGAUGGUGAGAGUGGGAAUGACUCUCUCGCAGCUCAUCAGCCUGAAUGAGAAGAAUGAGGAGAUGACGACCAAUGUGUUUAUGAAUCUGGCCUGGAAGGAUUACAGACUUUCCUGGAAUCCUGAGGAAUAUGACAACAUUCAGGUUCUGAGAAUCCCUCCAAACAAUGUGUGGCGUCCAGACAUCUACCUCAUCAACAACAAUGACGGUCACUUUGAUGUGGCCCUCUAUGUCAAUGUGCUGGUGUACAGUGACGGCACGGUGACCUGGCUCCCCCCGGCCAUCUACCGCAGCACCUGCUCUAUAGAGGUGGCGUACUUCCCCUUUGACUGGCAGAAUUGCUCCAUGGUUUUCCGGUCAUAUACCUAUGACUCUUCUGAGGUGGAUCUUCAGUAUGCUGUGGAUGAGAAUGGCCAGGAGAUUCAUGAAAUUAUAAUCGAUGAGAAUGCCUUUACUGAGAACGGGGAAUGGCAGAUCUGUCACAAGCCGUCCAGGAAGAAUGUCCGGGAGGAUCUGUAUGAGGACAUCACCUUCUACCUUAUUAUCGAAAGGAAGCCGCUCUUCUACAUCGUGAACAUUAUUGUGCCCUGCAUUCUUACCAGCGUUUUGGCCAUCUUUGUCUUCUAUCUCCCUCCCGAUGCAGGGGAGAAGAUGACCCUGUCCAUAUCUGUCCUCAUCGCUCUAACCGUCUUCAUGCUCCUGCUGGCCGACAAGGUCCCUGAAACCUCUCUAGGCAUCCCUAUCAUCGUCAAUUAUGUCAUGUUCACCAUGAUCCUGGUCACCUUCUCGGUCAUCCUCAGCGUGGUGGUGCUGAACCUCCACCACCGCUCGCCCAGCACUCACCACAUGCCGCUGUGGGUGCGUAAGGUGUUCAUCCAGUUCCUGCCCCCAUACCUGGGGAUGAAGCGGCCCCAUGCAGAGGAGUCCCCUGAGGAGGAGUGCAGGCAAGACACGCCCCUGUCCUGCCUGGAUAGCCGGAGGCCCGGUGGCGAGUACUUUGCCCGAAACAUCAACCCAGAGCUCGUGCGCCCAUGGAGAAGGAGGGGCGACAAUACAGUCCAGCUGCAGAGAUACUUUGACAGUGAUAACUACUGCCUGAUCCUGCCCCCUGAUCUCAAGUCAGCCAUUGCUGCUGUCACCUACAUGGCCGAACAACUAAAGAGGCAGGACACUGAUGAAACACUGAAAGGAGACUGGCAGUAUAUCGCCAUCGUGGUGGACCGGCUUUUCCUCUGGCUCUUUGUCGUUAUCACCACCCUGGGAACCUUGACCAUGUUCCUGGAUGCCAGCUUCAACUACACCCCCGAUCAGCCUUUCGCCUGAGACCAUUCCCAUAAUCUGGACCCCUGGAUCCUAGACUGCCAGUGUCAUUUUCACCUAUGGAGAAGAGAGAACUACACUUCCCAUGAUUCCAGUCUGGAGUGACACCAGCUUUGGUCUGUAGCUAAAAAUGCAUUCCAAACCACCCCAUUAGCAGUUUGUAGUUUUUCAGUAAGCGUAAUGGUUGUGGGCUGGCUAAGUAUAUAUACACAAUUAGCAAUACAUAUACAAACCUCCACAACACAUAGGAUUCUCAUUGUAGGUACUAAGGUGUAAUGCAAACUAUGAUACAAGAUAAGAAUAUAUGGCCAAUUCCAGCAUUAUGAAUAUAAUUCUAAUAUUGGCAAACAAAAUGCCUGGGAUUGCUGACAGGCUUAGUGCCAAUGAGUACAUUUGCAUAUCUUUUGAUGUAACCUCUUGGACUGAAUACAGACAAAUCUUGAAAAUUCAUGUUUUGAUUUACAUGUUGGAAAUAUAUAGCAUGUUGUCAGUGGGUGUGACAUCAAUGCUUGUAAUUGCCCAUCCACAGAAUUGCAAACCAAAUACACACUGAUCAGCCAAAACCUUAUGACCACCCUCACUUGAAAUGAAUAAUCUUGUAAAAACAGCGCGUGGGAUAUAUCUGCGAUAUAUAUUACACAGUAAGCUGACGUUCAAUACUCUUAGCCGGCAUGUUGAGUGCGGAAUAAAUAGGCAGAGAUGAAGAGCUGACUUUGGCAAGGGCCAGAUCAUUAUGGCCAGACGAUUGGGUUAGAACAUCUCUGAAAGGGCGACACCUGUGGAAGUGCUCAUGGUCUGCUGUGGUGAGUAUCUGCUGCAAGAGGUCCAAGGAGGGAAAACCCACGAUGCACACGCAGGGCGUUGGGCGGCCAAGGCUCGUCAGUGCGGAAUGUGAAUGAAGGUUGUUCCGUGUGGUACAAUCCAACAGAAAGUAACGACACACACAGGGCAUCGAGCCUUGCUGCAUAUGGGACUGGGUACCUCAGGUUAGACUUGCUGGUCCAACACAUCCCACAGAUUCUUGACACCUACUUAGCCGAUCACUUGUUGCAACAAAAAACAAGAUUCAUCAGACCAGGUGGGCUCUUCUUCUUCAGGUGGCCGUCGCUCCAGGGUCCAGUUCUGAUGCCCGUGUGUCCACCAUAGGAGCUUCCGAUGAUAGAUGGGAUUAUUGUGGUCCCUCUGACAGGUCUGCAGCUAUGUAGCCCCAUAAGUAAUAGGGCUCGUUGCCCUGUAUGUCGUUACACAGUUUUCCCAUUGCCGUCAUCAGCUUUAUCCGACAUUUCUGCCACAGUAGCCCUUCUGUUGGUUUGCCUUCAUUCACACCUCGCAUCGAUAAGUCUGAGUCGCCCAGUUAUCAGUUAAUGAUUUUUCCCCCUCAGUAGCUACUCACCACGGCUGACUCUGAUUACCCCGCAAGCCCUUGUCAUUUCAUUGACACUCUGACCCAGUCGUCUGGCCGUAACGAUUUCGUCCUCGUCAAAGUCGCUCGUAUAUCUAUCCCUGCUCAUUUCUUCUGCACUCAGCAUGUCGUGUAUUGAAUAUAAGCUUACCUCAUGAUACAUAACAGACCUUGACGCAGACCAUUUUUACGUGGCAGUCAAUGUUAUUUGGAUUAUGUGGAGGGGGUCAUAAAGUUUUGGCUUAUCAGUGUGACUUUUUUCUGUCAAGUUUUUCAGGCCAUGACCCCCAAGAUAACAGUGCCAGGUACUUUCGAUCCCCAUUUAGCCAACCUGUAGUGAACAAGCAACAAAUACAAAGUCCAAGGAGCGGUAAAUUGAAGGGUUACCUGGAAUGUAAUGGAACACUAGAUUUGUUAUUGUCCAAAAUGAAAAGUUCUGUCUGUUACAUUGCGAUGUAUCAAAAAAAUCACCCAAUGCUAGAAAUGUAUGCUGAGCCCCAGAAUUAAAGUAACAGUAUGUUGUAUUUUGAAGACCCCUAUUUUCACUCAGAAAUAUACAUUUUAAUUUGGUACUAUGGAGCAUACAAACAUAAUAGAAUAAUAGAAGCAAGUGGAAUUUAUAUUGGUAAUUAUUUAUAUAAUAAAUAUGUAAUUAUAGUUUGAUGAAAA